AUGAAUAAUAACGGUGGAAUAGACUUUUCUCAAAAUCAAGCUAACAUCAGUAUGGAGUUGUUCUGUAACGGCGAGUAUGGCCAUGGCUUGGAUCAGUCAACUGUUCAUGAGUUGCAAUUAUUGGAUACUUCAAUAAUUAAGACUCUUGAGCAGUUGGCUGGAACAGCCAUGCCUGCUCUGCCCGUUGCAGACAGCUCCUAUAAGGCAACAUCGCCAACCGCUGCAGCAAUAUCGUCUGUAACAGUGGAUGAUACAGCAACCCCGACGGUAGCAGCAAUCAACCCCACAAGACAAAAAAGAAAAGCAACCUAUGCCGCUCCCUCGGAAAACCAAGGCAAUAAAAAACAAAAGAAAGAAUUUGCUUGUUCGUUCUGCGAUUUCGUUUGCAAUCGUAAAUAUAAUUUAGAAACUCACAUGGUAUUGCAUAAUCCAAAUCGUAAAAAAAAAUAUCAAUGUACCAACUGUGGUCGCGGUUUUGACCGCAAAGCAGACGUCAAGCGUCAUAUUAAAAAUGUUCACAAGAAAUAA